AAGCAGAGAAUCUGCUUCCCAGAGAAGAGCAGAUCCCCCCUCCUUCUCCUGCAUCGUCUCCUCGCUAAUCUGUGGCGCUCUGCGCCCCCUCCCUCCAUCUCUCUGGACAAAUGUAAGCGCACCAGCUGGACAGACUCUCCGCGGUUUCAUUUCUCAUGCUUUGACUUUCAGCAAAGUGACAUUUGAACUUAAAAUCCCCACAGAAUCCAUCCAUACCGUGGAUGAGAGUGCAGGCUUGGAGGAAGAAAAGAGGUUCCAGUCUAGAAAGCGGAAAGAAGGGAUCGAAGAGAGCUUUGCGUGGACUUUUUUUCUAUCCUUGUUUAUCAUUUUUUUAGCGACGCACAGACCGAUCAGUGACAUGUCAGUGAAAAUGUAGACGCAAAUGAAGCGCGGCUCAGAUCCUGCAGGUCCUGCGCGGUGGUAAAAUAAGAGAAAAGGAUGAAAUCCAGGAGUCAGGAUCAGAGUCUGUCUGACUCCAGAGAGCUGGACAGAUCCUACGAUCCGCUCACAGGUAAUCAUCUUUCCAAACCCAACAAAAAGACGAUUAAGCAACGCUUCCUGAAACUGCUGCCCUGCUACCACUCCGGCUCCAGCCUUUCAGUUAAUCAAAGAAGUAUAACUGAUGAAGGGGAGCUAUCCACUGUGUGCUACAGACCAGAGGGACUUGACAGUCUUGUUCAGCAAACUAAAUUCAGCAAAAAGGAGCUACAAGUUCUCUACAGGGGAUUCAAAAAUGAGUGCCCCAGUGGUGUUGUGAACGAGGACGCGUUUAAAAGUAUCUACUCCAAGUUCUUUCCACAGGGAGAUUCAAGUAUGUACGCACAUUUCCUGUUUGAAGCCUUUGACACCACCAACAACGGACUGGUUAGCUUUGAAGAUUUUGCUGUAAGUCUCUCCAUCAUUUUAAGGGGCUCCAUCACUGACAAACUCAACUGGGCCUUCAAUCUGUAUGAUCUGAACAAGGACGGAUGCAUCACCAAAGAGGAGAUGACAGAUAUAAUGCAAUCUAUCUAUAACAUGAUGGGGAAGCAUACAUACCCCAGCAUAAGAGUCAGCGCUCCAAAGGAACACGUCGACUGCUUCUUCCAGAAAAUGGACAAGAAUAAAGAUGGAGUGGUCACCAUUGAGGAAUUCUUGGAGACAUGCCAAAAGGAUGAGAACAUCAUGCACUCCAUGCACUUGUUUGAUAAUGUGAUCUGAAUGCUGACGGACAAGAGAUCAGAAAUAUUCUGUUUCGAGCUCUGCUGUCAGUAAACCGCUCUCCAUCUGAGUGGGGAUGGCGUUUCUGUUCCUGCAACAAUGACCAGAGUGGAUUCACUCCAAACACACCUUUUAAAAAACUACACUAAAGAGACUGAGCAGAAUGAGUCAAGUUUUACUAAGUUUAGCUCUGGUGUAUUAAGAGGAUGACUGUAACAUGUAACCUGUAAAUACCUCAAAUAAAGUAAUUUAAAGAAUAUAUAAUCCAGAUGCAGCAGUAUCUACGUCUUCACUAAUGGAAAAGAUAAGAACAUAUUUCUGUUUGCACAUAUUCUACAUUAGAAAAAAACACUGAAUGUACAGACACACCCUUAUACAGUGCAAUUUCCCCAAAAUGUAAAUGUUUGCAAACUUUCUGCAUUCCUGUCUGAUUGGAGAUCCCUAUAAGCAUGAAAUGAAGCAAUAAUCUUAGAAUAACCUUUGUAUGCUUACAAAAAUUACCACUAUCAUUAACUGUAGAUUGUGUCUGCAUGAUGUCUAUUUACCAGCCACUGUAAGGUUCACUGAAACUGUUCAUUUGUUCUAUAAAUGGAGUUGGUUACACAAAUGGUGAGAUUGUUUAAUAAAAUGACAAAGAUUCUA